GCAACGAGAAACUUUUCCCCGCAAUAUCGUUUGAGCUCUCAGAAAAGAUGAGCGGUUCUUGCAACGCGGCUUUGUAAGGAACGGUGUUGUGGUUUUCAACCCGUGAAAAAUGCUCUUGUGGAUACUUUUAGUGAAUUUAUUAUCAAAAGUCCUGUCAUGCGGUUAUCCUGGAUCUCCAUCACAUUCUACAGUCACUUUCAACACAGAGACGAUCCAAAAGGGUACCGUUGCCACUUACAGAUGUGAAACUGGUUUCGAUUUACUAGGGCCCAUUAGGAGGCUCUGCGUCGAGAAUGGGACGUGGAUACCAAUCGGCGUUCCAGUAUGUGUGAUGAAUGUAGCUGCUGGUAAAGCUGCAAUGCAGUCCUCCAUAGUGGCCAAAGGAGUACCGCAAAAAGCGGUCGAUGGCAGCACUAGUCGCUCUUUCGCCGCGGAUACCUGCACUUUAUCCGAAAUGGAAACCUCUCCUUGGUGGUAUGUCAACUUACUAGAACCUUUCCUAGUGCAACUGGUGAGAGUAGAUUUUGGACGACCUUGUUGUGCCAAUAACCUUCCUGCAACCGUGACCGUAAGGGUAGGAAACAGCAGACCUGAUCUAAGUGCGAAUCCCGUCUGCAACAAGUUCACAGGCAAAAUCGAGGAAGGGCGCCCUUUGUUUUUCCCCUGCACAUCCACCAUCACUGGAGCAUUCGUAAGUGUUCACGUGGAAACGCCCACUGCAUUCACCCUAUCCAUCUGCGAAGCCUUUGUGUACACAGACCAAGUGGUUACAGUAGAGCAAUGUCCCCAGUUUGAAGAAGAAACUUCGACAGCCACCUACAAUGGAAAGUGUUAUACGUUUCACAGCAACCGCCCUAGGACGCUGGAAGGUGCUACAAAAUUUUGUGCCCUGCAAGGAGGUAGCUUGGUACAUGAAACGAGCCCGGCUUUGCAAGGGUUCCUCAGCUGGGAGUUGUACAAGCGCCACAAAAAGAACCCGGGUUCCGAUUAUUGGAAUGGUGUCGUUAGAGAUCCAGUAUCCAAGGACUGGAAGUGGUUAGAUGGAAAAGAUCUUACUAUUUCUUUCUGGAGCAUUCCACCGACUGACAAGAACUGCUCGAGAUUUGACGGAUCCAAUGGCUGGUUAUGGUCAGAUACCGAGUGCAACAGGGAACUCAAUUACAUCUGUGAACACAGGCCAGUUUCAUGUGGUUCGCCAGAGAGACCGGUCAAUUCAUCCCUACUCAUGAGAUCCAAUACAGUAGGCUCGACAAUUGAAUACCAGUGCAACUCCGGCCAUUUGCUUCUCGGUCCCACUACAAGAAAAUGCUCAAUCACAGGAUAUUUUAGUGAUUUUUCUCCCAAAUGUUCAUAUCUUGAAUGCGGCUUCCCUGCCAACAUUCCCAAUGGAGGCUACACUUUAGUAAAUGGCACAAAGCAUUAUCGAAGUAUUGUUCAGUAUUUUUGCCAAGAGUCGUACAUAUUAGUAGGACGUUCGGAUUUGAUGUGUGAUGCCGACCGCAAAUGGGAUGGUCCGCCUCCCAGAUGUGAUCCUCUGCUGUGUCAUAAUCCCCCAGCCAUAGCACACGGUAAUGUAACAGUGACGGUCAAUACAACAGUUCCAGGCACAACGGCGGAAUAUACUUGCGAAGAUAACUAUAAACUUGUUGGUGCGAAUAACAUUUCCUGCGAUUCGACGGGAUUCUGGACAUCGAAACCUCCCACAUGCGAAUUGGACAAAGAAAAAUUAUACAAUGCAAGAAUUGAGGGUAAACAUAAGAGGAACAGAGCCUCCAUUGCUGCAAGACUCAAUAUGGGUGGUAUUAUAGCUCUCGGUAUAUUUGGUGGAUUUGUCUUCCUAGCUGUCAUCAUUUCAAUUGUAGUCAUCAUAGUCAGAAGAAAUUCAAAUGCACAAGAUUCAUUAGAUUCCUUGAGCACAUAUGAAAGUGGUGGUAGCAGAGAAAAACUGUACCAACGGCAAUGUUGGCCUGGUCAUCCUGGUAACCAUCCUCCUGGCUUGCCUCCGCAUUCAGGUGAUCCAGACCAUCGGAAAGGAAAUUCUGAUAUCUUGCGAGAAUCUCCUAUGAGCAGUGCUCAGCAACAUCACCAUCAUCGGCAUCACCACCAUCCGAGUACACAUAGGGAUAGCGAUCUAAGUCUAGAGAUAGGUGCCUCAACUUCAAGGUGGUGUCCGAAACAUGAGAAACGAAGUGGAUACUAAAACUUUCUGAUACGUAGCAGAUACUGUAAUUUUGAUUAUUUCAUUGCGGGGAUUCAAUAAAACUGGAAAUAAAAUUCAUGGCAUAGUCAUGAAAUGGAAGACGGGUGGACAUGGAUAUUGGAGUCAGAAAUUAAUAUUUAUUUAUCUCUUUUAAAAUACUUCUCUUCCGUUUCAAGAUGACACCAAGACGAAGCUGAUUAACCAGUUUUACAGUUCUGAAACAAUACAUGGACAAUCCAAAUACUCUGAAACAUAUCAAUAAAUAUCUCGGACAGCUCUUCAAUACUUUCCUUUUUGUUGUAUUUCAUUUAUAAUAUUAUAUUUACAUUACCCAGUUUGCGAUGUCCAUGCAUUGUGAAUGUACAUUAAUAUGUAAAUAAAGAUAUAAAUUUUAAUGAAAAUC